ACCGCAGGGAAUCCCAGCCUUUCCCCCCAACCUCUUUAAUUCUCAUUCCUCCCUUUCAAAAAAUGAACGCGCAAAAGCCAUUACUACAAAAAUUUUCCUUUUUGGUAUCAGAUUCUGUAAUUUCACCCCAACCACUACUCCAUUGCAAAUUUUCCCUUUUCGUUAGUGUAUUGAGGACGAGAUGUGAUUUGGAUAUGGUUUUGCGACAUGGCGAGGGACGGGUACGUAGUCCCGGCCGACCCUCAGGUGGCAGCGGCCGCCGCCGUCAAGAAAAAGACGCAGACUGCCUGGAGUUGGAUUCUCGUCGACGCUUGUGGACAAGGCACCAUGCUUGAUGCCGACAAGCACGCGAUCAUGCAUCGAGUGCAAAUUCACGCGCGCGAUCUCCGGAUUCUCGACCCGUUGUUGUCGUAUCCCUCUACAAUUCUUGGACGAGAGAGGGCUAUUGUUUUGAACUUGGAGCACAUCAAGGCAAUAAUUACUUCUGAAGAGGUAUUGCUUCGAGAUCCACUGGAUGAGAAUGUCAUCCCAGUUGUGGAGGAGCUUCAAAGGCGAUUACCUCCUGCAAAUCUCAUUCUCCAAGGCCAAGGAGAUGGGAAAGAGAAUCCCAGUGGGCAAAAUGACGUUGAAGCUGGUGAAGAGGAUGAGUCUCCAUUUGAAUUCAGGGCACUGGAGGUAGCUUUAGAAGCCAUCUGUAGUUUUCUAGCUGCACGUACAACGGAACUAGAGACUGCUGCUUAUCCUGCUUUAGAUGAGCUUACCUCCAAAAUUAGUAGCCGUAACUUGGACAGAGUUCGUAAAUUGAAGAGUGCAAUGACGAGGUUGACUGCUCGAGUUCAGAAGGUGAGAGAUGAACUUGAGCAACUGCUGGAUGAUGAUGAUGAUAUGGCUGACCUUUACUUGUCAAGAAAGUUGGCUGGUACAUCGCCAGUUAGUGGAUCUGGUGGUGCCUAUUGGCUUUCUGCCUCCCCUACCAUUGGUUCAAAAAUUUCUAGGGCAAGUAGAGUAAGUGUGGCAACGGUACAUGGAGAUGAGAAUGAUGUUGAGGAGCUUGAAAUGUUACUAGAGGCCUAUUUUAUGCAAAUUGAUAGCACGUUGAACAAAUUAACUGCGUUGCGUGAAUAUAUUGAUGACACAGAGGAUUACAUUAAUAUUCAGCUUGAUAAUCAUCGAAAUCAGCUGAUUCAGGUGCUUGAUUUAUUCCUAUCUUUAGAGCUCUUUCUAAGUUCAGGAACUGUAUGUUUAUCCUUCUAUUCUUUGGUGGCUGCAAUCUUUGGCAUGAAUAUCCCAUACACAUGGAAUGAUAACCAUGGAUACAUGUUUAAAUGGGUGGUUAUUGUAACUGGAGCAAUUUCCGCUGUUUUGUUCAUACUAAUUAUGUCCUAUGCUCGCUACAAAGGUCUGGUUGGAUCUUGAAAAAAAAGGUCUCUUUGUUCUCGCUAGAGAGAGAUUAUUGAGAUGCUCGGUGGGAAGGUCAGAAGCUGGAUCUGUUGAAAUAGUUGAGUAUGGAGGAAGUUCAUAGUAGUUGUCAAAAGCCUGAUCAUUUGGUUCAGGCACCAACAGUGAUAAUCGUAAAACAACACAGAAUGAGAUAUAUUUGCUUGUCAGUUUUCUGACAGUGAUUCGUAGUUUUCUUUGAUUUUCUUAUAGGCAUAAUUAUAGUCUAUUUUGUUAAUGUAUAACCAUCAUUAUAUUUUUCAAAACAAAAAUUGUUAUCAUCACAACAAAAAAAAUUGCUAUUUCUUUUGAAUUAUUAUUCAAGUAAUAUUUUUUGAUA